GAUAUACACUAAAGUCAUGAAAGUGGUAAAGCGUAGUGGUUACAUCUCACAUACUUCAUUGCUAUCUAAGUUUGACAUAGACCGUGUGGUGAUGUCGAAUCCCCUUCGAAAGUUUGAGCUGAGCAACCUCAAGCCCCGACUUUUGAUCAGCCUCGUUAUCAUAAUCAAUAUUCGAGUGACCAGGAUAAUUCAUGUAUCUUUUACUCUGAGCAAGAUAUUGGAGCCUUGUAGGUCUACUUAUUUGUGAAGGAAUUAAACGACAUCAAGAUGAAUAUCAGGGUAAAAAGGAACUCUUCAUUUCGGAAGGGAGCUACGAAAGAUCUUGCCGAUCUCGAUUCGGUCAAUGCAGUCCUAAUGGAUUACAGUGAUGUGACCACUGCCCACGGCAUCCCGCGAAUCAUCACCUCGAAAUCAAUUACAUCGAGAUUCUUUUGGUCGUUUGCAACUCUUGUGGCACUAGCAGCUUUCUUGUGGCAAGGAAGUCUAUUGCUCCACGACUUUAGAGGACAUCCUUACACGACGCAGAUUGACGUGGUAACCCGGACAGAGCUACAGUUCCCUGCAGUCACCGUCUGCAAUAUGAACAAGAUGAGACGCUCUGCCCUGGUCAACACCCGCUUCGAGAGCCUGAUCCUAGCUGAUGGAGGGGCAACGGGUGGGGAUGCUGACUACUCCUGGUGGUUUGAGUGGUCAUCGGAAUGGUAUAGAGAAUAUGAGGAAGAUGAACGUCAUAGGCAAGAGGAAGGGGAGGUGGAAGCAGAAUGGGAAUUGGAGAAUGGGGGAGAAGAGGGAGAAUUGGGUUCUGCCAUUGUUACCGAGACAAUCACGCUAGAAGACAGUUCCAACAUGGCUGAAUUGACCAACACAACUCAUAUACCCAGCGAAAGCCAUGAAAUUGUCAAACCUUCACAAGAUCAUCCAACGGAUGAGGAGACUACUCUAGAACCAUCCUUUAUGGAGACUGAAAUACCCUUGUUUUUCGAGCCAGAAUUUUCAGCCACCGAACCUGAAGAACAACCGAUGAAACGUCGUCGGAGAUCUUCUCUCCAUCUUAUACCUGACCCUGUCACAGGUGAACUGUCUCAAAGACCAACUGUCCGCCAAAAACGAGAAACUGAGGACACCAGCAAGGAAAAUUUUGAUGAGCGGUAUGAUUGGUGGGAGGAUGAUUGGGAGGAUGAAGAUUUUGAUUACCAGGAAUACGAAUGGAAAGAAGUGGCAAAUGACAACGACUGGGAGGGUUUCUACAGACAAUCAACUGCAGAUGACUUCAGCGAUCUUCUGGAAGUCAUCAAUCCAUCGAGGGAAGAAUUGAAACUGUUGGGCCACCAGGCGGAAGACUUCAUACUUCAGUGUACCUUUGAUAGACGUCAAUGUAAUUACACGGAUUUUCGCCAAUUUCAAAACAAAUACUACGGGAACUGCUUUACUUUUAACCAAGUUGUUGGAAACAGCACUGGAGCACGAUCAACUGGAAAGACUGGGGCACAGUACGGACUUCACCUCACCCUCUUUACUGAGCAGCCGGAAUACGUUGGGCUCUUCGCCCAAGAGGCUGGAGUUCGAGUCGCUAUUCAUCCAUCAAAUGUAUUCCCCUUCCCGGAGGAUGAUGGGGUUGUUGCGUCGACGGGACAAGUGUCAGAUAUCGGCUUGAGACAGUCUUACUUCCAGCGGCUUCCAGAUCCCCAUGGGAACUGCACGGAUGGAACCAAGACUAACUUUACAUCCAGGGAAUAUGCCUAUACAACCAGAGCAUGCAUCAAGUCUUGCAUUCAGCAGCAUCUCUUAGGCAGGUGUGACUGUGUUACAGAUAUCUUGAUGAAUGAUACACUUUGUAGCUCAAGAAACAGAUCUCAACAGGUAUGUCGACAGGCUAUAGAACAGUUCUUUCACGAGGGUGAGCUCCCGUGUAAUUGCCCUGUUGCUUGCAGGGAGACGCUCUUUGUGACGGCUGUGACAUCAUCACUCUGGCCUUCAGAACGUUAUGAGCAUCAUUUGAAAACCAGAUUGACCAAUGAAAAAGCUAAACGUAUUCUAGAGAACGUUGAACAAACAAGGAAAAAUCUAGCUCGAGUGAGGAUCUAUUUUGAAGAACUGAACUAUGAGCAGAUGAUUCAGAAACCGAAGUACACGAUCGAAGGCUUGCUCGGAGGUAUUGGAGGUCUUCUUGGACUCUACAUUGGUUUCUCUGUCAUCACUAUCUGCGAGGUCGGAGUCCUUGUCGUCGAUCUCGUAAAGUAUCUCUGUCGGAAGGUAUACAGUCGCGAUAGAGUCAUUCCAGUGGAUUUUAAAUCCUGAUUCCAUAAUUCAUCCCAUUACCACGAUUACUGAUUAUUUUACAACAUGACAAAAAGAAUCGUUAGGGAAAUCGUCAGGGAUAUGUUGGUCAGAGUAUCUGGAAUUAAUUGGAUCAUCUACGCAAUCUCUACGAAAAUUAUGUCAGCUUAUCAUCAAAAGAUAAAGGACUUGUCCAAAAGUCAAAAGAUAUGAUAUUUUGUUUCGCCAUUGACCCCGUUAAAGAUAUCGUUUUUCUUAUACAACCACGAAACCUCUAAGUCUGACUCAGGGGCGGCGGAGCGAAGUUUAAAGGGGGGGGGGGGGCACCGGAAAAAAAGGCACCUUUUUCGAAAGGCCAUAUGCAGAAAUGGGUCAAGAUAUUUGAAGACUUGGGGAGGGGGCAAGAGGAAAUUGUUAUUCGCAGUUGAACAAGUCGCGUAAUGAGUCAAAAUUUUGGAGGGGCCCAACGAGAUGUAUGGCGUAAAUAUUUUUACAGGCCGUGAGUGAGCGAAAAUGUUGUCCCUUUGUUUUCAAACUGAAAAUCUAAUUUUGUGGUUCAUUGUGGAUGUUGUGACAUAUUAUUCAAGAACAGAUAUGAUUACUCACCAUUUUUCCUUUUCUUUUCUGUCUCCUUCCUUAUUUUUUAAAAUUCUUCUUCGUGGAACUUUCAAGUGCCCCCAAGCAUCCAUCUACAGUUGCUUAACGCUCAUGAAAGUCAACUAUAUUUCUUUAAAAAAUAGUAUUUAUCGGUUGGAGGUAAUAGUAUAAUGAAAAUAAAAAAAGAAAUGUACGAAAGUUAGAAAGACAAAACUUUGCCUGCUAGUAAGUUUGUACAUCAUAAAUCUGUAAGAUAUUCAAAAUACCACUAAGAUCGCACUUUUGUUUCAUAUUCUUGUUGUUUGUACCAAUCAAUGAUAUUCAACGUAGCUUGUUCUCCCUCUUCCAUUAGAGAGUUGUUCAUUAGGCAAAGUAAUAACUCCCUUCAUACAUGUUUUAGGCAAACGCUGUUCCAAAAUCAUUUUGUGAUGCAGUAUUGAUUUCUUAUUCAGGUUAUUCGCUCUACCACUGUUCAAAUGACAAUUGGUAUAUAGUGCUGGUUGUGUUUCUUUGACUUUAUUGGUUAAAAAAUUAAGUAUCUUCGAUACAUAAAGGUAUUCACUUGGAGAUACACCGAGAGAUAGAGUUCUUUAUUGAACUGUCGAUAAAACUAAUCAUAAUUAAAUAAAAAUGACGAAUUCAAUCAUUCUAUAUCCAUUUUCUUUUAAAUGGAGUGUACGAGAAAAGUAGCGAUGGUUGUUUGAUUUUAAUGCAUGACAUUAUUCAUAAAUGUACAUUUUAAUGAUAGAUUUAUUCUGUAAAAGCACAUGUAUACUACAUGUAGAGGCAAUCACAUUUUCCUAUCAUUACUAAGUCGAUCAAUAGACCAGCUAAUUAAGAAUGGGGGGGGGGGGCAAUGUUCAUAUUCAUCGUUUUGCGACUCUUUUAUACCUUGAUUUAGACUGCAUGCAAUCUUAUAUUUUUUUAAAAUCAAAUAACAACCUUAGAAACUCAUGCAGCGAUUCCAUAAAAUAUUUCACUACCCGAUUUCUUUCAAACAGGCAAUGUCUAAUUUAUAAAUGUAAAUAAAGAUAAUAUAAAUGU